AUGGCUCCCGUGCAUUUCCAGAUCAUGUCUGAUCUUCAUCUGGAAGCUCAUCCAGCCUACGACUUCAACUUCACCCAAACAGCCCCUUAUCUAGCUCUGCUUGGAGAUACCGGGCACCUUGUAGACGACGGCUUCUUUGAGUAUCUGGAAACGCAAACCCGGCGUUACUCAGCCGUUUUCUUCCUCCUGGGAAACCAUGAGCCAAGAGGGAUGUCUUUUACCUCUGCCAAAGCCAGAGUGCGGGCCUUUGCAGAGAGAAUGGAGGCUGCACGGCUGCAGUCCUCCAUUGGCCGGUUUAUCUUUCUCGAUCAAACGCGUUAUGAUAUCUCGGAUACCCUGACCAUAUUGGGUUGCACACUCUUCUCUCAUAUUCCAGCCGAGAAGGAAGAGGCUGUAACCAACCGCCUCGCUGAUUUCAAAACAAUAUCCGAUUGGGGUGUACCGGACCACAAUGCUGCCCACCAGUCUGAUCUGAACUGGUUGAAUUCACAGGUCUCUGAGAUAUCGGAUAAGGAGCCGCAGCGACAGAUUAUGAUUUUCUCGCAUCAUAGCCCCUGCACGGAGGAUAGGGCCGUGGACGCCAGACAUAGGGGAAGUCAGGCCAUGUCAGGAUUUGCUACGGACCUGCGGGAGGAACUAUGUUGGAAGAGCCCUGCAGUUCGAGUCUGGGCGUUUGGACAUACGCAUUUUAACGUCUCCUUUACAGAUGAGCGUGGCCUGGAGGUCAUAGCAAACCAGAAGGGCUAUUCCAUCAUUCCAAAGGGGACAUUUAAUCCCGAUCGUGUAUACACUAUCGGCAGCUAA